GCGGGUCCUGCUCCUGACCGGGUAAGGGCGGCUCCCGCCCUGUCCUCGGGGGGCGCGAACCCGUGCAGCGCGAACACUGCGCGGUGAGUGUCCCGGUGGCACGACGGGUGCUAAGCGAGGGGCCCUGUGAGCCCCCGGCCCGGAAGAUUGAGGCAGCUCCCAGCACCCCGGGGCAGGUGUGUCUCCCGCCCCAGCGGCAGGCUGCGGAGAUUAGCUAGCGCUAGCCGCCGGAGGCGGGCACAAGGGUGCUCUGUUCACAGCGCCUCGGAGGUGGGGCCGGCAGAGAGGGGAAAGGACGCUCCUUCCCCAGGAACAUCGCGGAGACCGAGUGCAGGACUCUGAGAUACCAUGUGUGACUAAAAUGUUUUCGAGGUAGUUUUACUUAAUGAGGUAAUGGGAGAGAAGGAGCCAUGUCGGAAGAAGCUGUUAGUGAGACACACUUUUCUUUGAGGACAGCAGCUUUACGGUUAUUUGAUUUUCCACUUUCCUGGUAUUAUUCUGUCAUCCAGGUAAAACUUUCCCCUGGGUUGAAGAAGCUGUUUGUAGUAACAGCAGUGAGUGCAGUAUCUGUAAUUUUUCUAGCACAUCAUUUUAAAAGAAAACGUGGAAAGAAAAACACAAAAGUGUCACCAUGGGAGCCAGGCCAUCUUGUAUUAGAAUGUACUAAAACAGCUGCAUCAGAAAAAGGUUCCAGUUGUUCCAGUAGCAGACAAAACUUGACUCUUUCUUUGAAUUCAGCCAAAGAAAAAGGAUCUCAGUCUUGUGUUUAUGCAAAUGGAGGACUUUUCAGUAAAUAUUCUGGUUCAGUACAAAGUUUGGCUUCGGUCCAAAGUGUCACCUCUUCCCAUAGUUGUGCUUGUGCCAAUUCCAGUUCCUGGGACAAAGCAGAUGAAGAUAUUAAGCUUGUCAAUAUUCCAGUGACCACACCUGAAAAUUUAUAUUUGAUGGGUAUGGAGCUUUUUGAAGAGGCACUACGUCGAUGGGAGCAGGCACUGACUUUCCGUAGCAGACAGGCUGAAGAUGAAGCAAAUUGUAGUUCCAUCAAACUAGGAGCAGGAGAUGCCAUUGCAGAAGAGAGUGUAGAAGAUAUCAUUAGUGCUGAAUUCAUUCAUAAGCUUGAAUCCCUGCUUCAAAGAGCUUAUCGUCUUCAGGAGGAAUUUGAGGCAACCCUUGGGGCAUCUGAUCCUUCUUCCCUAGCAAAUGAUAUUGAUAAAGAUACCGAUAUAACUGUGAGGGAUAACACAGAAGAUUUCUGUCUGCGAGAUACACUGAGCAUUGCAUCAACAGACUCCUUUGUUUCAGCAGCUGAGCUUACUGAACACAGAGAGAUCCGAAAUACCUAUGGUCUAGAGUCUCUUUGCCAUUGUCCAUUAUAUGAAGAAGCUAUGCACUUAGCAGAAGAGGGCAAAAUUCAUUCCAGAAUAUUAAGGACUGAAAUGUUGGAGUGUCUAGGAGAUAGUGACUUUCUUGCUAAACUUCACUGUAUUCGGCAGGCUUUUCAGGUAAUUCUUUCAGAAACAGCUAACAGACUAUUUCUUGCUGAGAGUGGAAGAAAAAUUUUGUCGGCUUUAAUUGUGAGAGCUCGAAAGAAUCCAAAGAAAUUUGAAGAAGUCUUUGAUGAAAUGAUACAUUUUUUAGAAAAAACAGACCACUGGGAUAAUACUGAAAUGGAACUUGCUGCCAGGGGGGUGAAAAAUCUAAAUUUUUACGACAUUGUUCUGGAUUUUAUAUUAAUGGAUUCCUUUGAAGAUUUAGAGAAUCCACCCACAUCUAUACAGAAUGUAGUAAACAACCGUUGGCUAAAUUCCUCCUUUAAAGAAACUGCUGUGGCUUCAAGCUGCUGGUCAGUACUGAAGCAAAAAAGGCAGCAAAUGAAGGUACCUGAUGGUUUUUUUGCACACUUCUAUUCCAUUUGUGAGCAUGUGAGUCCUGUUUUGGCAUGGGGCUUUUUGGGACCUAGAAACUCUCUUUAUGAUCUAUGCUGCUUCUUUAAGGAUCAAGUUCUUUACUUCCUCAAAGACAUUUUUGACUUUGAAAAGGUGCGAUAUUCAACUAUGGAGAGUUUAGCUGAAGAUCUUAUGCAAUUGCUAAUGCGUCGCACUGAACUUUUAAUGGCCUACCUUGGAGCUGAUUCACUAAGGCAUGUCAGUGGUUGCAUAAGUGGUCGUGGACACAUCACGGCCAAUGGGCUUUUGGAAGAGAAAGUACAAUAAGCUUAAAAAAAUCUAAAUUGAGUGUACCUUGCCUUUUCCCCCUCCUCCAGUGCUGUCAUUACUGUUUUUGAGCAAACAUCUGAAAAUAUAACUGUGUUGCUAAAUAUGGAAUGGACUCAGGGAGAUUAAAAAAAAAAUUAGGAAAAGAACUGGUGAGCAUAUUACAGUAUAUAUACCUAAAUUAAAAAUCACAGCUCAGCUGUCUCUGUAUUUAUAUAUAAUGUACCCCAAAGUUUUUUCUGCAAUAUUUGGGUAAAAUGUAUUUAUGAAAUACUGUACACUUGCCACAGAUAUUAUGUAGUAUGUGGUAUAUGGAGUUAUUAGAUGAAUUUGUCUUUAAGCCUUAUUAUAUGAAAUGUUCAGUACAAACUCUGCAAUGUGCUUUAUGUCUAGAAAGUGUUUCAGCCAAGGUAUACACAUCUUUCAACUUAUGUGAUACACCUGCCAAAAAAAAUCCAAAAUAAACAAACAAACAAAACUUGACAAAAUAUUUAACUACACCCUAUACUUGUGUUUGUGUAGGUAAGCAGUCAUUUUGUAUUGAAACAUAAUGGAGUAAUGUAGUAAAUGCAGUCACAAUUUGGGCAGGUGAAACUAACAUGAAAAACUCAAUGCUAAUUGGUGUUGGCUUAAAAUAUGUAAAUACAUCAUCACUGAGGUUGAUGUUUGAAAUCACGAGUGAGAUCACUGUUUGGUAUAUUCUAAAAGUAAUGACAGUUUUUUCGGGUUAAUUAAUUGGUUUAAAACUCAUCUUUCUAAGUUUUUAAAACUAUGCUGUGAUUAUGAAUAAACUAGUAUCAUUCUUGGUUCAAAUGUAGCAUUUUAACUAUAUUUUAAAGUAAGGAUGUAUAAUAAAACCUAAAGACAUGUUGUUUCUCAAUUAAA